GUCCGUGCGGGGUCCCGGCGUCGGCGGCGCGCGCGCUCCCUCCUCUCAGAGAGAGGGCUGUGGUAAAAGCCGUCCGGAAAAUGGCCGCCGCCGCUGCCGCCGCGCCGAGCGGAGGAGGAGGAGGAGGCGAGGAGGAGAGACUGGAAGAAAAGUCAGAAGACCAGGAUCUCCAGGGCCUCAAGGACAAACCCUUGAAGUUUAAAAAGGUGAAGAAAGAUAAGAAAGAAGACAAAGAAGGCAAACAUGAGCCUCUGCAGCCAUCAGCCCACCAUUCUGCCGAGCCAGCAGAGGCAGGCAAAGCAGAGACAUCAGAAGGAUCGGGCUCUGCCCCAGCUGUGCCAGAAGCUUCUGCUUCCCCCAAACAGCGCCGCUCCAUCAUUCGUGACCGGGGACCCAUGUAUGAUGACCCCACCCUGCCUGAAGGUUGGACACGAAAGCUUAAACAAAGGAAGUCUGGCCGCUCCGCUGGGAAGUAUGAUGUCUAUUUGAUCAAUCCCCAAGGAAAAGCCUUUCGCUCUAAAGUGGAGUUGAUUGCAUACUUCGAAAAGGUAGGCGACACCUCCCUGGACCCUAAUGAUUUUGACUUCACGGUAACUGGGAGAGGGAGCCCCUCCCGGCGAGAGCAGAAACCACCUAAGAAGCCCAAAUCUCCCAAAGCUCCAGGAACUGGCAGAGGUCGGGGACGCCCCAAAGGGAGCGGCACCACGAGACCCAAGGCAGCAGCAUCCGAAGGUGUUCAGGUGAAAAGGGUCCUGGAGAAAAGUCCUGGGAAGCUCCUGGUCAAGAUGCCUUUUCAAGCAUCACCUGGGGGCAAGGCCGAGGGGGGUGGGGCCACCACAUCUGCCCAGGUCAUGGUGAUCAAACGCCCUGGCAGGAAGCGAAAAGCUGAGGUCGAUCCCCAGGCUAUUCCCAAGAAACGGGGCAGAAAGCCAGGGAGUGUGGUGGCAGCUGCUGCUGCUGAGGCCAAGAAAAAAGCCGUGAAGGAGUCUUCCAUCCGGUCCGUGCAGGAGACCGUGCUCCCCAUCAAGAAGCGCAAGACCCGUGAGACAGUCAGCAUUGAGGUCAAGGAAGUAGUGAAGCCCCUGUUGGUGUCCACCCUCGGUGAGAAGAGUGGGAAGGGACUGAAGACCUGCAAGAGCCCCGGGCGGAAAAGCAAGGAGAGCAGCCCCAAGGGGCGCAGCAGCAGCGCCUCUUCACCUCCCAAGAAGGAGCACCACCAUCACCACCACCACUCAGAGUCCCCAAAGGCCCCUGUGCCGCUGCUCCCGCCCCCGCCCCCGCCCCCACCAGAGCCUGAGAGCUCCGAGGACCCCACCAGCCCCCCUGAACCCCAGGACUUGAGCAGCAGUGUCUGCAAAGAGGAGAAGAUGCCCCGAGGAGGCUCGCUGGAGAGUGACGGCUGUCCCAAGGAGCCAGCUAAGACUCAGCCCGCCGUCGCUACUGCCGCCACAGCCGCAGAAAAGUACAAACACCGAGGGGAGGGAGAGCGCAAAGACAUUGUUUCAUCCUCCAUGCCAAGGCCAAACAGAGAGGAGCCUGUGGACAGCCGGACGCCCGUGACCGAGAGAGUUAGCUGACUUUACACAGAGCGGAUUGCAAAGCAAACCAACAAGAAUAAAGGCAGCUGUUGUCUCUUCUCCUUAUGGGUAGGGCUCUGACAAAGCUUCCCGAUUAACUGAAAUAAAAAAUAUUUUUUUUUCUUUCAGUAAACUUAGAGUUUCGUGGCUUCAGGGUGGGAGUAGUUGGAGCAUUGGGAAUGUUUUUCUUACCGACAAGCACAGUCAGGUUGAAGACCUAACCAGGGCCAGAAGUAGCUUUGCACUUUUCUAAACUAGGCUCCUUCAACAAGGCUUGCUGCAGAUACUACUGACCAGACAAGCUGUUGACCAGGCACCUCCCCUCCCACCCAAAUCUUUUCCUCAUGUGGUCAUUAAGGACAGAGAACAGUCGAGAGGACACUCCAGUUUUUGGUGCCAUUGGUACCCCACCCACAGCUACUCUGUCUCCCUCACCUCUCCCACUCCCAACCAUGGUGGGACAAUGAGGUAUGAGGCAGGAGAGACCGUUGGAUUCUUUAGAGAAGACAACGGAGAUGGCCAGUGGCUAUGGCCCAUGUGAUCCCACCCGUGGUGGCACAAGUCUAGCCCCAUGUCAGCCCCAAUCCAAAACUGAUGACAUUUCACAGGACAGGAAGGUGGCACCUGGUCUGCUCCAACUCUGGCAUGGCUAAGAGGGAGUCCUGAACUGCUGAGUGUAGACUGGCCUGAGCCACAGGAGAGGGUGGCCCAGGGUGAGGUGGCAUCAACCAUUCUUGAGGCACUUCAUCCAGUGGGUGGCGCUAAAGAGAGAAGCUAUGGAAGCAGCAGGAGGAGGCACAGGCAGGCUGGCCCAGGAUCAGGCCAGGCCUAGUGCAGCAGGGCAAGAGAGAUUCCUAGUCGCUCAGAGCAGUCUGUGACUGGUAGUUAAGGACUUAUUGAUGGGACAAAGGGCAAGGAGGGAAGAGAGGGAAAAUGUUCUUCCAAUUACUUUCCAGUUCUCCUUUAGGGACAGUUUAGAUUAUUUGCACUAUUGAGUCUUCAUGUUCCCACUUCAAAACAAACAGAUGCUCUGAGAGCAAGCUGGCUUGAAUUGGUGACACUUUGUCCCUCAAGCCACCAGACAUGAUGGUGUUCAGAACUACCUGGAUCUGUAUAUACCUGCGCUUGUUUUAAAGUGGUCUCAGCACAUAGGGUUCCCACGAAGCUCCGAAACUCUAAGUGUUUGCUGCAAUUUUAUAAGGACUUCCUGAUUGGUUUCUCUUCUGUCCUUCCAUUUCUGCCUGCCUUUCAUUUCAUCCUUUCAUUUCUUCCUUUUCCUCCUACCUCCCAGUUCAUCCCCUCUGUUCCAGGCAGCUGCAAUGCCCAACCAUACACUGAGCUGACACAGUUGGCUCCACCCCCUAGAACUCUCCUUCCCCUUUGCCUCCCUGUUACCAGCACCAGCCCCAUCAUUACUGAUCCCUGAGGAAGUCCUGGGCUCUGCUGAAUCUGCCCUGGCAUCUGUGAAGAGCAGUGAGUUUUUGCUCUCCUAGGGUAGGCCCUCUUCCCUGGUAAAAAAAAAAAAAAAAAAAAAAGGCAAAAGACUUCAGACCCUAAACAACAUGCCUUUUCACACUUCUGCUUUAAGGAAGUGGGCCAGAGAAGCUAGGCCACAUGUGGUAUCUGAGGAAGGCACAGAGGUCCCCUGUGGCCUGCCAGUCAUUGAGUGGCCCAGCAGGGGCUCCAUGCCCAUCGCCCUCGGCCCCCCUCAGAAGUCUGAUGUCUAGCAGAGUGUGGCAGGGCAGAUGGCAGGACAAGUGCAAAUCCUCCCAAGACCUGAGCUGGCACCCGCACCUAAGUCCCCAGUCCCUCCUCUGCCCUCCCUUUCCCUACCCAGUCCUCCUCCAGUGGAACUGUUUUACUUUUGCUUGCUAGAGACUGGGUGGGGCUGACAUACCACACAUUUCAAUCUCUGGUCUGUGAGUGUGGUGUUGGGGUUUAGAAGCUUGGGCUUGCUGUGGGUUUUUAAUUGAUCACUCUUCAUUCGGGAUCCCAAAGUUUUCACCUCUGUUCAGGAAGUCCUUAUCUAGCUGCAUAUCUUCAUCAUAUUGGUAUAUCCUUUUCUGUGUUUACAGAGAUGUCUCUUAUAUCUAAAUCUGUCCAACUGAGAAGUACUUUAUCAAAGUAGCAAAUGAGACAGCAGUCUUAUGCUUCCAGAAACACCCACAGGCACGUCCCAUGUGAGCUGCUGCCAUGAACUGUCAAGUGCGUGUUGUCUUGUGUAUUUCAGUUAUUGUCCCCUGGCUUCUUUCUUAAUACGGUGUAAUUAUGAAGGAGUGAAACAUCAUAGAAACUGUCUAGCACUUCCUUGCCAGUCUUUAGUGAUCAGGAACCAUAGUUGACAGUUCCUAUCAAUAGUUUAAGAUAAAACCGUGUUUGUCUCUUCUGGAAUGGUUAGAAGCGAGGGAAUUUGCCCCGUUCUGUUUGUAGAGUCAUAGUUGGACUUUCUAGCAUAUUUGUAUCCAUUUCCUUAUGCUGUAAAAGUCCUGCAACCAGACUCCCAUCAGCCGAUCCAAUCCCUUCUGCCCGCUCUGCUGUUGAUCCUCCCAGCCUCACUUCUGACUCCUCCCCAGGAAGGGAAGGGGGGUCAGAGGAGGGGACAAGUACUUUGGAACUCCUCUUCCUCCAAGGACAAAAGGCCCCUGACCCUGCAGUGGCCUCGCACUCCUCGCACCCCCAAAGGACACCUACCUAUCCACACAAGCACGACACCCAGCCAGGUUGUCACCAAGAAGAAUGUUGUGGGUUUUGCACAUUAUACUUAGUCCAGCUAAAUGUGGCUCCUGGGCUGGGUGCCACCUGGUCUUGGGAAGAGGAGUGUAGGGGCCACCAGGCCCCCCUGUCACCUGGGUUGAUUGGGCAUUCAUGGUUGGGAACACAGCAUUUCAAGUGUUGUUUUCUUUCAGUUGGGCCCCACCUGCAGUUUCCUCACUCCCCAGAUGAUUUCCCUUAGAGUUGGUUCCCAAACUGCAGGUGGUGUGUGCAGCUCCUUAGGGUUUAAUCCAUUUCUCCCUUUUUUCCCCAUUCCUUGUUCCCCAAAUAAGGGCAUCAUGAGUCAGUUGCGUCUAAAUAGGCAGCUUUGGCAGUUUAUCACCCUGGCAGGCAUGGGCCCUGCAGCUCCCAGGCCACCCCUGCCUUGGGGGUCAAGUUGUAGGAGGUUGGAGGGAAAGCCUUAAGCCAUGGGAUUCUCACCAGCUGUGUCCGGCCCAGUUUUGGGGUGUGACCUCAAUUUUGUCUGUACUUGAACACUAUGAAGAUUGGGGGGGCAUCUUUCAGUGAAUAUGUGAAUAUAGGAAUUGACCGACAGCUUUCAGAUACCAUUGGGCUAAGUCACUAAGGUCACAUCCACAGUCUCCCCUACCCUGUCCUAGUUGUUAGUUACUACCUCCUCUCCUGACAGAAUGCUGUAUAUCCUUCAGCUUCUCGCAGGUAUACCCAGCCUGGCCCUGCCCUACCCAUUGGUGGGUCUAUCGUAACCAGUGGAAUUGCUGGCCUUGACAGUGCAGUGAGCUGAGGAUGCUCAGCACAGCCAGGCUGUAGUACAGCUCCCUUCUGCUGGCACUGCAUGCCCAUAUCAAAAGGCAGAAGGGACAUCUAGAAAAACCACAUCCCCCAUUCUAUCAAUGCCAGACUAGCCAAGAGCCCCAGCUUCUCAGCUCACCGGAUGGUGAAAGCUGCCACCCUAGUGUGGGUGCAGAGAACAGUAUAUUCAUCAGUAGCAUCAUACCAAACUAGCAACCACACACAUUGGAAAUGGGAACCAGAGCAGCCCUAAGAUGUCACCUGCUUCUCUGCGGAGCAUGUUACUGCUGUGACAGUGAUCAUGAAGGACAGUAAUAACCAGAAACAAACUGCCAAGUUAGGUGGGGAAAGGAGUUUCCUUAGCCAACAGGAUCUCUGAUAAGUGGUUCAAGCCCAGGAGAGAGCAAAAGGGUAUGUACUGAAUCUACCAGGUGGGACCAAUCAGAUUUCGUUUAGCACAAGUGGAGCCUAGCAGCCAGAGCCCUGUGUGCCCAUCCAGCCACAGCCCCUUUCACAGAGCAUGCCAGCCAGGGUCUGGGCUGACGACUGUGGGGAGAUCACUGGUGCCGGUUCUUUGAGAAGACCUUUGCGCAUCAGUUCAUAGCCCGUGUCCUUGCCCAUUAUUGUCUCCAGAUUCAGGUUCACACCUGCAAACUCUAGGACCAAUGGCCUAGACUUCGGGAAGUAUGCAGUUUCUAGAGCCCCUUGUGGACAAUGGCAUAGCAAAGCCCCAAGUUGCUGCCGAAGGGGACCUGAGAAACCUGCCACAGGAGUGGGGCAGGGGCAAAUGCAGUAGUGCCCCAUGCCUGGGCCAAACCCUCUGCUCCCUCCACAUCCUCUUCCCACUCUUCAUCCCUGCUCUCUGCAUCAGUGAACCAGCUCCACUCUGAAGGGAUUUGUUGAUUCUCUCCAUUUUGAUGUCUUUCUCUUUUAGAUACUAUAUCAAUCUUUAGAAAAAGGCUUAGUCUAAUUGUUAUAAAUCGCUAGGAUACUGCCUCCUCCAGGGCCUAAAAUUACAUAUUAAAGGGGAAAAUUUGAACACUGAAACCAGUUCUCAACAAUUUAGAAGGAAAACCUAGAAAACAUUUGGCAGAAAAUUACAUUUUGAUGUUUCUGAUGAAUAAGAGCAAGCUUUUGCAAAAAUGCUGAUCUAAAAAUACUUACUGCUUGGCCUAAGAUGUCUGUUGAACAUUAUGAGCAAAGGAAACGCCAAUCUGAAGCCUCCUGCGACAGGAGAUAGAACCAGGGGCUUCUUGAAAUUCUGGGCCUUUUGUCAGUGGAGAAACAUGUUAGGUUGUUGUCCCUGAGGACAUGGCUUCUGACUCUAUCUUUUGUGGGUGGUGUGAAGGUUAACAGCCUGGUAGGUCCCAAAGCUGCAAGAGGCAGGCUCUUGGUGUGGAAGCAGAACAUUUACCAGUGGCCCAGAAGUCCCAGCACCACCCAAUUUUCCACUCUUAUCUUGACAGCCUGUCCGAGCACUGUUUUGUCAGGAAAACAGUUCUAUGGAGGGAACUGGGAAGGUCCUCUGCCGGGGUGGGGGGCCUUCCCUCUGCAUUUCUGCUCUGCUCCCUUCUGGGUGGGGGAGAGGUUGAGUGCAAAUGAAGUGGCUGAGUGGCAAGCACCCUAGCACUCCCUGUUGAACUCACCCCAGAGCCUCUCUGCCUCCCCAGAUCACCCUUCCUGUCCUUUGAAGAGGCACGAGAGCCCCUGGGGCAGAGGGAGAGAGGGCAGUGAAGGAGGAGGACAGGGCCCCUGUCUGCAGAGAGAGGGACCAGACCUUUAUGGAACAAAGUCUGGCCUUUGAAUUCAAGAACUUUUGGGCAUUUGGCAAAUGGCCUUUGCUCCCUAGUCCCCCCUGUUUACCUUACCUUUUAUCAGGUCCUGCUCAGCAGUGAGAGCAGAUACAGUGAAAAGGCCAAGAGGUUUGGCUCCUGCCCACUGGCGGCCCCUCUGCUCGCAGUGUUUGUGUGUCAAGUGGUAAAGCUGUUCUUCCUGGUGACCCUGAUUAUAUCCAGUAACUUAUAGACUAUACACAUAGGCCUGCUUUAUUUCCUCUGUCCUGGGCUUUUGUUUUGCUUUUUAGUUUCGCUUUUAGUUUUCCUGUCCCUUUUAUUUUAUGCACCAACUAGACACACAAAGCAGUUGGAUUUAUAUAUAUAUAUAUAUAUCUGUAUAUUGCACAAUUAUAAACUCAUUUUGCUUGUGGCUCUACACACACACACACAAAAAGACCUGUUAAAAUUAUACCUGUUGCUUAAUUACAAUAUUUCUGAUUACCAUAGCAUAGGACAAGGGAAAAUUAAAAAAAAAAAAAAAGAAAAAAAAUGACAAAUCUGUCUGCUGGUCACUUCUUUGGUCCAAGCAGAUCUGUGGUCUCUCCUCACUUCUUCCAAGGGCUUCCCUAUGCCAAGCAAAGGAAGCUCUAGGCAGCACCCAUGUUUUGCACUGUUUCUCUUGUGCUUAUGAAAGGGAUCCUAAGAUUCUGGGUGCAGGAGUAUUCCCUCAGCCUGCCGAAGUCCAGAAUGUAGUCAUUGGCACAGCCUGGUCUUUUCCACCUCAAGGGGUGGUGGAGAACUGGAUGCACAGGGGUGGCCCAGCUUCCCCAUCCUAGUGACCUGGCUGGGGGAGCCCAUGGUAGGCCUCCCCACCAGCAAGGCUCGAAGCAUUUCACUCUCCCUACUUUACUGGGUCUGAUGGCUGGAGGGGAGAUGAGACCUAUCUUGUCUCUGAACCCAUGAGCUGCACCAGGUAGAAUGCCAGGGACCCCAGAACCACAUGGGGCAGUCCACUGGGUCCACUCCAGGAAGUAGUGGAGAUGCCAGAAGUGUCCCUUUCUCUUCUCUCCCACGAGUAAUUGCAUUUGCUUUUGUAAUUCUUAAUGAGCAAUACCGCUAGAGAGUUUAGCUGUAACAGUUCUCUUUGAUCAUUUUUUAAGUAAUUAAAAACACCAAAAAACAAAAUCCAGAAACUUGUUCUUCCAAAGCAGAGAGCAUUAUAAUCACUAGGGCCAAAAUCUACCCCUCCCCAUAUCAUUGCUUCUCUGAGGCCAGAAUCCAACAGAGAGACGGUCGUAGGCCCUUUGAGUGGCCGGUCUACCUUCAGGCCCCUUGGAGGACUGGAGCUGGGCAGCCUCUGGGCCCAUGUCCCAGGGCCUGUUUCAGUAUGCAUUCAGUAUUAGCAGUGGGUCGCGACGUUCUUUCCUAGCCAGCCUGGGAUGGGGGCAGAGGAGAUGAGACGCCAUUGCCGCUGAUUGGCCACUGACAGGUGGGUGUCCACGUGUGUGCUUUGUGACUGAUGUGAAAUCAGCGCCUGAGUUAGCCUCACCCGGUGACCUCUAGCCCUGCCCGGAUGGAGCAGGGCCCACCCGGUUCAAUGUUUCUGGGGAGCUGGACAGUGGAGUGCAAAAGGCUUACAGAACUUGAAGCCUGCUCCUUCCCUUGCUACCACGGCCUCCUUUUCCAUUUGAUUUGUCACUGCUUCAAUCAAUAACAGCCGCUCCAGAGUCAGUAGUUGAUGAAUAUAUGACCAAAUAUCACCAGGACUGUUACUCAAUGUGUGCCGAGCCCUUUCCUCGUGCUGGGCUCCCCGUGUACCUGGACACUGUAAUGUGUGCUGUGUUUGCUCUCCUUCCCUUUCCUUCUUCGCCCUUUCCUUGUCUUUCUGGGGUUUUUCUGUUUGGGUUUGGUUUGUUUUUCUUUUCCCUCCUUUUGUGUUCCAAACAUGAGGUUCUUUCUACUGGUCCUCUUAACUGUGGUGUUGAGGCUUAUAUUUGUGUAAUUUUUGGUGGGUGAAAGGAACUUUGCUAAGUAAACCUCUUCUGUGUUUGAACUGAAGUCUGUAUUGUAACCAUGUUUAAAGUAAUUGUUCCAGAGACAAAUGCUUCUAGACACCUUUUUUUUUUUUUAAAGCAUUCGGAAGGAGGGGAAUGGUGACUGAGACAAGCGGGGCAAUCUGAAGAGAUGACCCCUGCCCAGAUCAUCCAGAAACCACUCAAAGAGGUUGAGCCCUGGAGUCCCAUUCCAAGCCAACAGACCGAAUAAGCUGAUGUGUUGCCAUUUUCAAAGUCAGAGCAAAAUCAGUUUUUAUUCCAUCCAGCGAAUUCUUUUGGCUCCCCAUCCCCCAGAUUAUUACCAUCAUUGUUAUUUUUAGGAAAGACAAGAUUGUUGUUCCUUCAAGGAGAGCCAGGAGGGGAUAUGAGAGCAGAGCUGACCCUGCUAAAGAGGGAGGAGGGAGGGUCUUGUGCCUGAGUAUGCAGCUGGUUCCCCAUGCCCCUAUGUCCCACUGUGGACACAGGUUAGGGGUGGGUUGGCAGAUGGAUUGGCCACUCCCCACCUGACUCCUGCUGUUUCUGGAUAAGGCCAGGUUGACAAGCAAGGGGCAUUCUUGUCUCCAAGAUAUGCCCCGGGGAAAUUACCAGUCAGAACACUUCUUUCCUGCCCUAUCCUGCCUCCAAGGGAUACAGCACUAAUGUGAUAUCUCUGUUCCCUACCAUCCUGGGGGUUAUGACAGUGGAGGGUACUGGCUGUCUCUAUCUGCUUUCAUCUGGUCCCCAGCAAAAUUUGGAUGUGACACACCCCCUUCCCUUUCCAUAGCAAACAGAUCCUUCUCAGAAGCCAUUACCCUUGGUUGAGAUUGUUCUGGGCUCUCAGAACAGGGACAGACUGGUGCUCCCUUAAUGCCUUCAGGCAAGGACAGUGAUGCCUUGAGUGACCAUUUGCACAUGGAGUUUAGUAGCUGGAAAAACAAGGCAGGAUGUUGGCCCCCUCCCAAAUGGAUCUGUGAGACAGUGCUGCUAGUGACAGGCCACCCUGUACUAAAGGGAGCUGGCUCCAGCUGGAAAGCCUGCCUGAAGUUGGGGGAUGCAUGGGGUACUGGGAGAAGCCCAGGACAGACUUAGCUGGAGGGGGUCUCUAAAAGCCCUCUGUCGCAUUCACCUUCAGUUUUUGUGUUUUGGGACAAUUACUUUAGAAAAUAAGUAGGUCGUUUUAAAAACAAAAAUAUUGAUUGCUUUUUUGUAGUGUUCAAAAAAGGUUCUUUGUGUAUAGCCAAAUGACUGAAAGCACUGAUAUAUUUAAAAACAAAAGGCAAUUUAUUAAGGAAAUUUGUACCAUUUCAGUAAACCUGUCUGAAUGUACCUGUAUACGUUUCAAAAACACCCCCCACUGAAUCCCUGUAACCUAUUUAUUAUAUAAAGAGUUUGCCUUAUAAAUUUACAUAAAAAUGUCCGUUUGUGUCUUUUGUUGUAAAAUCAAGUGGUUUUUUCAUAAGGUUCUUUUACUAUUUGAAAAGAUGGGCAGCACGCAGUUUUAUUUUAUUUUUGUAAGUUUUUUAAUACAUGUGAAAGCAAAGAAUACUCAGCAUGCCUUUCUAAGUGACGCGUUUGCACCUUUUGUUGGGAAGUACUGUAUCCUGUGCUGUUAGCAUUCUCGAUAAAUCUCUCUGUGAAAGUGA